AUGGAUGCUAAAAAGAUGUUGAAGAAGAAAUCGUUAUUGGUUCAAGAGGUAAAACCAGGUUCAUCUUCAUUCGAAGAAUAUCAGAGGCAUUGUGGAGAGGGUUCGUCAACGCCUUCUGUGAUCCUUGUUGCUGUAGACAAAUCCGAAACGCCGGCAGGAUUUUGUGGUUUAGCGCAGGACAAAAUAUUUUUAAAACUUGAACUUUUCAUAAAGGCGAAGGCUGAUGAGGAAUCGAUUGCACCGAUCGCUCUGGUUAACAUGGCUCUGAAGAUUUCACGGAAGCGUUUCCCAGAUUCUGUUGUGAUGAUAGAUUCGAAAAUGAAGAACGUUGUGCAUCUUGAAAAUCUUGGGCAAGCUUCAACAGAUUCUGCUUUACGUCGUCUUAUGCCUUUAGAGAAGUCAUUCGGCCAUUUGCAGACAUUCAAGUUCGUUCCACUGGCUUGGCUACAGCAUCUGAUGGAUGCGAGGAAACUUGGCGAAUCAAUAAUUACCAUUUUCGUGCAGCUCAGCAUUGCGGUACAGCGUGGCCAAGAAGACGUCGCAGUCCAUUCUCCAUCAAGCUCUGACCUUCAAAACGAGGCAUUUUUGCUCGACUUUGCUUGGGACCGACUCAAUACUGGUAGAUGA